AUGCUAUUCAAAUCAUUACUAAGCUUUAUAUCGCUUACUUCGACUGCUGUUUUGGCUAUCCCCACUAUUGAAGUACGCGGUAAUGCCUUUUGGAACACUGAAACUGGUGAGCGUUUCUACAUUAGAGGAGUUGAUUACCAACCAGGUGGAUCAUCAGAAUUGGAAGAUCCUUUAGCUGACACUGAUGUUUGUGAGAGGGAUAUUCCUUAUUUCCAAGAAUUGGGCAUAAACACUGUUCGUGUUUACUCGGUUGAUAAUACUAAAGAUCAUGAUGAAUGUAUGGACAAGUUAGCCAAUGCUGGUAUAUAUGUCAUAUUGGAUGUCAAUACGCCACAUUCAUCAAUUACUAGAUCCAAUGCCAAUUGUUCCUAUAAUUCCGACUAUUUACAAGAAGUUUUUGCUUCAGCCCAAUUGUUUGCUCAGUAUAACAACACUUUGGGUUUCUUUGCUGGAAAUGAGGUUAUUAACGAUGGUGCUUCGUUAGACGCAGCUCCUUAUGUUAAAGCAGUAGUUCGUGAUUUGAAAACAUUUAUCAAAAACCGUGGGUUUAGGACUAUUCCUGUGGGCUAUUCAGCGGCCAGUGUUGAUGAAUACCGUUUAAGUUCAGGAUUGUACUUCAACUGUGGUGAUGAUGAAUUGGCCAGAAUUGACAUGUACGGUAUAAAUGAUUAUUCAUGGUGUGGUGAUGCCAGUAUGACUACAUCACAAUAUUCACAAGAGUUGAAGGAUUUCAAAAACUUCACCAUCCCCUUGUUUUUCUCCGAGUUUGGGUGCAAUGCCAAAAAGCCUAGACCUUUUAGUGAAAUUGAAUCGAUUUAUUCUACUGACAUGUCUGCCGUGUUUUCAGGUGGAUUAGUUUACGAGUAUUCCGAAGAAGAUAAUGAAUAUGGAUUGGUGAAAUUGGAUGGCGAUGAUGUAACGCCCAAUCAGGAUUUUAAAAACUUGAAAUCAGAAUUCAACAAUACUGAAGACCCCAGUGGUGAUGGUGGAUACCAUAAAUCCGAUGGUGGUAACAAUUGUCCUACCAAAUCUUCUCUUUGGAAUGUCACGGAAGAAAUCCCUGAUACUCCUGGUGGAGCCAUCAAGUACAUUAAAGGAGUGGCUGAACCAACUGGUCAUGGAUUUGAUGCUUAUGUUCAGGGUAACUGUAAUGGUGAUAAUGACGUUGAUGAUUCGAAUGAUUAUAGUAGUACUAUUGGUGCAUCAACUCAUUCUGCUACUGCUGCAUCUUCUUCAUCCUCGUCAUCGUCUACUGGUUCAUCUAGUACGUCUUCCGGCUCAAAAGCAAAUGAAGGUGUUAUGUUGGCAACCACUUCUACUACUGGUAUUGUUGGAUUUUUAGCCUUAAUUGCCGGGUUUAUUGCUGUUUAG